UCAAACGUUUAAUAUGCAAAUGAAACAGCUAAAUGCAACAAAAUGCAGUGCAGAGAAAAACAGGUUUACAUCCUUGAGACCAGUAAGCCCAUCAUCCAUCCGCUCAGGCUAUUCUCUUUACUCCACGGAUACCGAUGAUCAAGUGAUGAGUACUCAUAGAGGUCUAGAUAGGUGUGCUGCUUUACUGGCUAACAUGAUGGAGAGUGAGGGAAUAGAAAAUGUCCCUACGAAACUGGAGAGAGGUGUUAGGAGCAAGCUAGGGGGCAUGUCCCAUACAAACCAGCAGAAUAAACAGACCACCAAGCAGAAAGUUCCUGUUACAAAGACGAGAGUAAAGACAACGUCAAUACAGAAGAAACCUGUUCGGUCUGGCUCUUUAAAAGAAAAGAAGCAGACAGGAAGAAGGUCUUUCAAUCAGAAAUUAGUCUCGUCAACGCCAAACCAAAAACAUACAAAGCUCAACAAAGCAGAACAAAAGAAGCAAGGCAGUGAUAGGAUGCAUUCUAAGGAUACACACAGAGACAGAACGGAUGUUUAUACAGAGAAAGAGGUAACAGACAAAGCUCAUCCAAGAAUUCCUGCAAGGGUUUCUCCAGGAAACAAGGAGAACUUUCCUUUAUCAAAGCAACCAUCGCAGAGAGGGAAUGGCCCAAAACAAUUCAUUGAAACAUACGAUGUAACACCACAGGUACUGAAUGAUAAUGUUAUCACUAAGACAAGAGUAAGGACAGAAGUCGUCAAGAACCCAGCUAUAAGACAUGAGGUAGCCAGAGUGAAUGAGAAGCCACAGCGUAAUGCAGCAUCCUCAAGGCAAGGUAGUACUGUUCAAAGUCGAUUGAAUGAAGAACAGACCUAUGUAGAAAGGGACUAUGUCAUGUUACAGCCUCAGCAUGUAGGAAUCACUAGACAGGAACAGCAGUGGACUGAGUUGCCUCAAGAGGUUAAUGGACAGACUGGACACAUUACUGGUACUGUGAAUUACACAGACCCUAACACUCAACCAUGGGUUAGUCGUAUAGAUAUGGACCCUGUGAGAAUCACUCCUGAUCAUCUACGUAGUGCAGGAACACAAAACAUUCAUCACCUGCAACAACAUGACCAUGACCACUAUAAGCAGCAUCAAGAUCAGCUGGACCCUCAUGCUCCUCAUCCUCAGGGUCAUGCAGUAGAGAGUCAGUUGGCUGCAGCUACAUGGAAAAACUCAAGAACAGCUCCAGGUUUACAAUCAUCAAGGAAUCUUGACUCACAUCUGGAGAGUGGUGUGAGACAGGGUCUAGUCAGUGAUGGCAUGGGACCAGUGCAGACAACUCAAUCCAUCUUGAGAGACUUGGUGGGCAAACUCCAAAAGAUGAAUGAAAGUCAGAUACAAACUCCACAAACUCAGCUCUCGCACCCCUCUCCUGGUAGUGGAGUGACCCAGAACAAUAUCAGUCAUACACAUCAACAGAUGGGACAUGGAUCAAAGAAUGUCAGCAGGAGGGGUGUGGAUCAUAAUGUAAGAGAACAAGAUGAGAGAAUGCAAGAUAUGUUAUCAUUGGAUAGAAACUUUGCCAAGCACAGUACAGUCCAUCAUGCAUCCAGAUCCGGGAGCCAUGGGAUUAGCCUAAGAGCCAGGGCUGUAGGAACACACAAUGCAGAUCCUCAAAGUAGAGCUGAGCAGCUAGAGCCAGUCAGGGAUUCUGGUCGGUCAUGUGAUCAUAAAUCUACCAAUCAAAGUCCAGGAUCUCUUGUGACACAGAUGCAAAGAGUUUCUCAUGAGGUUGCUAAAGAUCCCAUAGAUGCCGUGAUAGAUACAGGUACUCCCAAACCACAUACAUCUCCUAAAGGUCAUCAGGUCAAAGAUGAUGUUGGUGUUCAGACCCCGCCCUUCAGCUCCCGCCCUCCGGUUGUCAUGACUGGUACCAAAGGUAGCAAUGCAUUAUGGGAUCAGGUACGGACUUUGAAGUAUAUUACUAAGGAGCUCCAUUCGGCCAACAUGAAAAUUGGUGACGUGCAAACUCAAGAGCUUUUGACGGAGCUAGAGGAAGUAGUUGAGACAUUACCAUUCACCAGCCUGGAUAGAGAUCUACAAACAGAGAUCAGUCUGGCUCUUCAACCAAUCAGAAGUGAGAAUAGUCAGCUUAGGAGAAGGCUAAGAAUAGCCAAUCAGCAACUCAGGCAGAUCCAACUUCAAGCACAGGCAAAGGAAAACAGCCAAUCAGGUGUCAGUUUAGAAGUAUUGACUCUGCAGUCUUUGAAUGUAAACCUACAGAAGCAAGUAGAAGAACUCCAAAGUGAGACAGACAGACAAACACGAGAUAUGACUGAGUUAAGAGCUUCUCUAGAUGCACUCAAUGUUGAUAAACACAACAUGCAAGACAUCUUCAUGAAAAUGGACAAUGAUCUAAAGGAAAAAAGGAAAAGCUGGACUCUGGAGACAAGCACACUACGUCAAGAGAUGACUAAGCUGAAAUCUCAACUUGAAUCUGAGGGUCUUAGAACUGAGUCCAUUGAAAAAGAGAAAGAGAUUUUAAUAUUGAGUGUCAAGCAGAGAGACUCAGAGAUCAAACGAUUACAACAGAUGACAAGGAAUAUGCAGGGAAUCUUAUUGAGUGUAGUUCCAGAGAAAUCUUUGAAAUCUUCCCUUCCUGGUGAAAGCAAGGAAUCUAGACUUGAGAAUUGGUUAGAGAAUCAUCAAUCGGCCAUCAGUACACCAAGGAGCAUAAAUAGGAAUGAUACGACGGACACUCUCCAUCAAACAGCAUGGAGACAAGGUCAAAGGUCACCCCAUGACUCCAUAUCAUCCUCAUCCUCAUCAUCUAGAGGAGGUCAUUAUAUCAAGCUCUCUUCUCCUGAUGCGUUACACAGAGAUGAUUGGAGGAAGAUAGUUUCUGAUCAACGAGGCUGUCUGGACGAUCAUCAUGUUAUUAGUGGAGGAGGGGAAAGACAUAAAUCAUCUCAAAUAGAAGCUACAUUUGGUGCUGAUGGACGAUGUGAAGAUUUGGACUCCACCCUUGUCGAAGAUACUUUAGAUGGUGAUGGGACUGCGUAUAUGAGCUUUGCUGAUCCUCAACUUGGCAGCAGAAAGCCAUGGAUAUUUCAGGCAUCUCAUAGACCUUUACCUGGCGGUGGCACGCCUAGCUGGGUAGAAAAAGAAUUAUCACCAGCUACAAAGUCAGGAAGAAAGCACACUGGCUGUGACAAGACUGGUCCUGUUUCUGAUAGCCUAGGUAGGACAGGGAAUGAGAAUGAUAGGAGAUCACCACCACCAUAUAAAGGGAGAAUUGAUUCAAGGUUGAGAAAGAGUGAAGAAGAAGCUAGAGACUCAGAGAGAGACCUUGGUAGAAUAUUCAAUGCAGCAGAAGUAGGUUCAGUUGUAUCAGAAUCUACAAUAUCAUCAAUAGCAUCACAGUAUGAGGCUCAGUUUCAAGUGGGUUUAUCAAAGCUUGAUGAUGAUAUUGCUAGAUUACAGCAGAACUUAAAGGGAUUAGUUCAAAGAUAAUACAUCUUUAGAAAUUGCAAAUGCUAUUUUCUUUUUUGAAUUAUUACAACAUUGUGUUUCUUAUCUACCAUAGACUUGUAGAAAUAUGGUAUACAGUUAAAUACCAAAUACUAGUUUUAUGUGAAUCAAUCCUGUUUUCCUUUUUUAAAAUUUAUAUUUAAACUAAAGAUAUGAGUUGAAAUGAGACUGUAUGUCUCUCAGUAUUUUCCUCCAUGUUAGAAUUAUCAAAUACAAUCACACAUUUCUUGAGGACUUCUUGCCUUUUUGAAGGAUAGUAUUAUACAUUAUUCAUUUUACUUCUAUUUCCAUCUUCCUUUCUGCAGAGAACUUGAUCUGAGAUUGCCAUUCAGUUUGAAAUUCUAUUCUUGUCUUUAUAUUGAAUUUAUUAUCAUCUUUAUUGGAAUAGCUCAUUAAUAUUUUGUUUUGGAUAAGAAAUAUUUUGAUUGUUCAUUGUAUUCAUGUAUUCUCUAUAUGACUAUAUCCCUUUCCCAUGCAAACAAUUUCUAUUAAAUUUAUAUAAUUAUCUUUGAUUAUUUACUACAUCCCCUCCAUGCUGAACACAUUUUAGUGUACCCCCCCCCCCCCCCUGGUAACUCAUAUAUUCUGAAAUAAUUUUCUUGAUGAACUAAGUUCUGGAAAUAAAACUGCAAUCCUACACAAUGAACGUUCAUAUAUAAUAUUAUAGAUAAAGAAUUAUAUUAAGUGUUUUGUGACUAGGAUUAUAUGUAUUGCAAUAAUGUGUAAGGAAGGGCGCAGUUUGCAGGAGUCCCCCGCUAGACUACUUCUUGAAUAUUGUGAUGUCAUUGGUUGUUUUUCUGUACUGGAUUUGAAUUCUUCUAAUGUUGUCCCUAUUAGUGUCAUUGAUUAUACAGAGAUGUGUUAUUAAAUACAUGUAGAUGAUUCAACAGAGAGCAUUAUCUGAAA